AUGCUUGGUCAAGCAAAGAAAUAUCUAGCUGAGCUACAUGAAAGCAAGUCUUUGCUCGCCAAACUUACUCAGCAAGAUCCGGCUCAAACGACGGUGUACUUUCAGAUUCAGUGGGAUCGUCAACGAUCCUUGCAGCUGAAGGCCAUGACUGUGGAGGCGAAGGAGAAACGCGAACGUCUAGGAGUUUUGCUGACUCUUGAGGAGGAGCUAUUGGAAGCCCGUCAAAAACUAACAGCUAUGAACGCAGGUAGCGCCGCCAUACGAACUGCGGAACAGCGUCAUGAACUUCUGAACCUACCAGCGUCAUUGGUUGCACUUGAAGCUCAAAUACAAGCCGUCGCGGACGAGCUAGGAAAUGCGGAACUGUUGAAUGCUCGGAGAGGCAGCAAUGUCAGAGUCAAGGCGAUGCUCAGCGUCCAGGUUGUGUUAGGUUUCUUGUAUGAGGCUGCAAUGGAUGUGAUACAACAGAGGGCUGAUGCGGCCAUCAAAACAGGGGCCACCCAGCAACCUCGUAAUGAGCAGCUAAGAAAGAAAAAAAGAGGCCUCCUCAAGAAGAAACUGGAUACUUAUUUAAGGCAUGCAUCUCGUUACAAUCAACGUCACCGACCUACACCGCGACUGGUGCUACCAAGUAUGGACGAAGUGCUUGAAAUGGAUUUACUACAUCCAUUUUGGGAUGAAGUGGCGCUGAACCACCUUGAUGAACCAUGGGCAUCAUGCCGGAGGACCAAGGAUGGUAUCGUAGCACUUCGAAAUCAAAUGGCAUCUGAAGAAGAGCUUCGCCGUCUGGGGCGUGAGGUUAGGCAGCUCUUGGGUUGGGCAAUUGACUAUCAAAAUUGUGUUGAUAGGGCAAGGCCAAAUGAUUGUAUUGAAUCUCGAGUUGCAGAGUGGAACUCUGUCCACUCUGCACUGGCUAAACGUGCAUCUCGCCUGUGGGCGCAUUGGGAUAGGAGCUUGAAAGAGGUUUUGGAAUCAACCCAAGCCUAUGUGGAUGGGAGGGUGGAUUCAGACCAUACUUUACUGCUUCAGUGGCAGCAAAUGCUUGCGCGCACAACAGGAGCACCGAUAGAUAUACUUAUGCUACCAAUACACUGGGCCCCCGAAGGGGCGGAUGAGGAGGCCGAGUACCGAGGCAUGUUAGAAGAAGAGGAAAGAAUGGAACAAGGUAUUGAAGAUGACUGGGAGAUUGAGCUUGGAUACAGACGGAUGGCACUUGAUUGA